UCAACACACACAACAGCCGGCAGGGGGCAGUGGCGAAUUGUAUUACAGUAAACGACAUACUGUACAGAGAGAGGCGGAGGGAGGGAGGAGAGGAGGAGAGGAGGAGAGGAGCGCUCGCCUCCACAUUUCAGCUGAACUGAUUCCGUCUGCAGAGGGACUAUAAAAAAAACAAGCGGACGACUUUCUGUUUUUCAUCUCAAACAACAACAACAACAACAAAACCCGUCAACCUCAGUUAAACGCAAACAAAACCAGAACAAACAAACAAGGUGUCGGAUUUCAUAUCACGACGCUAUUAUUAUUAUUAUUAUUAUUAUUAUUAUUACUCGUAACCCAGUCGUGACUGGAUCAGGGAACUUCGAUCAGCGACGGUUCAAUCUCCAAACUCUGCUUUCUCCUGUAAAAACAAGCCGAUUUCUCACCCGUGCUACAGCGAGGACACGCUAGCCACCAGCUGCGUUCCAUUAGCCAGUAAGAGUGUGGGCGUGUCUCUGAUGUCACCUGGUGGUGUUGCCCUGGUAACCCCCACAGCAGUGCAGACGCUGCACCUCAACCAAUCAAAACCCACGAAUGCCAAGCCCGCAUAGGAGGGUGGGGCCUGCCUCAGUCACACAUGAUUGGCUGCUGGAUGGAAUUGAGGUGAAUGGAACACAUGCCCAAAGAGCCAAAUCCUAACCAAUCAGAGGGAGAAGAGAAAAGGUGUCUCAAUGCUCCGAACAGGAGAAGGCGGAUCAGUCAGUGCCCUAUGAGUGCGCUGAACCUCUCUGUUUCAGGGUACACCCCCAGCUACCUGGAGAAGGACGAACCAUGCGUGGUGUGCAGAGACAAGGCCACUGGAUACCACUACCGCUGCAUCACCUGCGAGGGCUGCAAGGGUUUUUUUCGGCGCACGAUCCAGAAGAACCUGCACCCCACCUUCUCGUGCAAGUACGAUGGCAGCUGCAUCAUCGACAAGAUCACGCGCAACCAGUGCCAGCUGUGCCGCUUUAACAAGUGUAUCGCUGUGGGCAUGGCCGUGGACUUGGUGCUGGACGACUCGAAGCGCGUGGCGAAGCGGCAUCUCAUCGAGGAGAAUCGCGAGCGCCGGAGGAAGAAGGAGACGCUGCAGACCCUGCAGGACCGGCCCCAGCCCACGGCCCAGGAGUGGGAGCUAAUCGCCAUGGUGACCGAGGCUCACCAGCACACCAACGCACAGGGAUCCCACUGGAAACAGAAGCGCAAGUUCCUGCCCGAGGACAUCGGUCAGUCCCCGGUCACUGCUGCAUCGGACGGAGACAAGGUUGACCUGGAGGCCUUCAGCGAGUUCACCAAGAUAAUCACCCCAGCCAUCACACGCGUCGUCGACUUCGCCAAAAAACUGCCCAUGUUCUCCGAGGUUCGAGGUUCGGGGUUCGGGGUUUGGGGUUCAGUGUCCCUGCUGCCUUGUGAAGACCAGAUCAUCCUGCUGAAGGGCUGCUGCAUGGAGAUCAUGUCGCUGCGGGCGGCCGUGCGCUACGACCCUGACAGCGAGACCCUCACACUCAGCGGGGAGAUGGCCGUGAAGCGCGAGCAGCUGAAGAACGGGGGGCUGGGGGUCGUCUCAGACGCCAUCUUCGACCUGGGCAAGAGCCUGGCGCAGUUCAGCCUGGACGACGCGGAGGUGGCACUGCUGCAGGCCGUCCUGCUCAUGAGCUCAGACCGGUCGGGGCUGCUCUGCGUGGAUAAGAUAGAGAAGUGCCAGGAGAGGUACCUGCUGGCGUUCGAACACUACAUCAACUACCGCAAGCACAGCCUCCCUCACUUCUGGCCCAAGCUGCUGAUGAAGGUGACGGACCUGCGCAUGAUCGGGGCGUGUCAUGCCAGCCGCUUCCUGCACAUGAAGGUGGAGUGUCCCACGGAAAUGUUCCCCCCACUCUUCCUGGAGGUGUUUGAGGACCAGGACGCCUAGAUCCGGGGAGGGGCAUGGAGUUUUUCUCCAGAUGUUAGAACGAGAAAGAGAGAGCGAGGGAGAGAGCGAGAGCAAGAGAGAGAAUUACAAAGCGCCUUAACCAUCCUAAUACUGAAAUGUCCCAGCUCCCAGGUCCCACCAGUGCUGAAUUCUGUACUAAUACUGGAUUCCUCUAAAGCCUGACCUGACAGACGGCUCUUCAGACCACAGUGCUUCUGUUCUGCGGUCCGAUGGAUUACCGACUCGCCUUCAUGUCUCAUAUUCUUUCACUGGAUUAGUUUCACAUCACUAAACCAGAGAGGAGUCCUGAAUAAACCGAGCUACCUUCAGCUGAGCAGGGAACAUGGAGCUGCUUUUCCAGGAGCUGUGGCUUGAAAGCUGGUUCCAGGAGACCAUCCAGAGACCUAGUUUGAGGUUUGCUGUAUCAAACCCCCAAGUCUCCCCUAGUGUGCUGUGCAAAUCCCCGAAAACCUACAGCCUCCUGGAACCAAGCCCCAAUCCAGCUUUAGAAGAAUCUACAGCAUUUACAAUCCCAGCCGUCUUUCAAGUAAAAUAAAAAGGAUGCAGAGUUAAUCCCGAUGUUAAUCCCAGCCUGUGUAACCCUGGGAGUGUAUCCCCUCCUACAGACUCUCAAGAUGCGAUCGCCGUGCGUUCAUCUUUUGGGGGGCUGUAAGAUUAAAGAUUGGCCAAAAAGAGAAAGAGACUGCAUUGCAUUGGUGCAGAUUGAGGGGAGGGGGCACGAGGGGAGGUGAGGAGGGGGGGGGAGUUUUCUCUGCCCUUGUGAGCUGUCUCUCUGCACUUAGAACAUCCCUCAUGACUUUUAAGGGAUUUGCAAAGCUGCUUUUUGGUCUACAUUUAGUCGAGAUCAAUCUUAGCGUUCACUUCCAGAUUGUAUUGGUAAAAGCAUCUUUUUUUUGUGUUUUUAAUAUUUCAUUUUUUUUGG